AUGUCUUCUCCUCGGCAGGUCUAUCUGCUGCCUUUGAAGGAUGACGGCUCUCCAGACGUUCCAGGAGGCUACAUUUAUCUGCCUCCGCCCUCUCCGUUCUAUACCCUUCGCUUCGUGAUUGAGGGAACGAGCUCGAUUUGUAGGCAAGGCCAACUAUGGGUCAACAUCCCAGAGGAAGGUCAAACCUUCAAUCGCUCGACGUUUCGCAGCUUCAGACUCUCUCCGGACUUUAACAAGAACAUUCAAAUCGACGUUCCGAUCACCUCUCCUGGAUCAUUUGCCUUCUAUGUGACCUUCUCCCCGCUUCCUGAAUUUUCGCUUUCCCAGACGGCUACUCCAGAGCCGACAGAAACACCGAUUUAUUACAUCGAUGUUUCGCCUAAAUUGACUCUUCGCGGUCGCGAUCUGCCGCUCAAUGCUCUUUCUAUUUACUCGGUCAUCUCCAAAUUCAUGGGUAAAUAUCCUACAGAUUGGGAUAAGCAUCUCAACGGUAUCAGUCAACGCAACUAUAACAUGAUUCACUUCACCCCUUUGAUGAAACGUGGAGACUCCAACUCGCCAUACAGUAUAUUUGACCAGUUGCAGUUCGACGAUGCUGUAUUUCCCAAUGGAGAGGCAGAUGUCGCCCAGCUGGUCAAGAAGAUGGAGGAGAAAUACGGACUUUUGUCAUUGACGGAUGUUGUAUGGAAUCACACCGCUAACAACAGUAAAUGGCUCGAGGAGCAUCCUGAAGCUGGCUACAGCGUUGCAACUGCACCAUGGCUUGAAUCCGCCUUGGAAUUGGACAAUGCCCUAUUGAAAUUCGGCGCGAACCUUGCAGAUCUCGGCUUGCCUACUGAAUUCAAAUCAGUGGAUGAUCUUGUCUCCGUCAUGAAUGCAGUUCGUGAGGACGUCAUCCACAAGCUCAAGCUAUGGGAGUACUACGUCGUCAAUGUCGCUGCGGAUGCACGGAAGAUCACUCGGCAAUGGCAAGCAUCCAAGAACAUUGACGUAACAAGCGAUGAGUGGUCACAGCACAAGCUGAAAGACUUCGCGAACUGGACUCUCGAGGAACAAGCGAGCUUCAUCCGUAGAGAGUCCAUCCCAACAUCGAAGCAACUUCUUGGCCGCUUCAGCAGAUCCGUUGAUUCGAACUUUGGAGCAGCGAUACUGACUGCACUGCUUGGUCCCUCCGACACUGCGAAUGCUGAUUCCUCCGCGGCUGAAAAGGCUAUCUCGAGGAUACUCGACGAGGUAAAUCUUCCUUUCUACAAAGAAUAUGAUGCGGACGUUGCGGAGAUCAUGAACCAGCUCUUCAAUCGAAUCAAAUACCUUCGCAUUGACGGUCAUGGCCCCAAACUUGGUCCUGUCACGAAGCAGAGUCCACUUAUCGAGACGUACUUCACGAGGCUUCCAUUAAAUGCCACUACCAAGAAGCACGAUAGCAGAGCUUUGGCUCUCGUGAAUAACGGUUGGAUUUGGAAUGCUGACGCGUUACGGGACAAUGCUGGGCCUUUCUCCAAGGCAUACCUCCGUCGAGAGGUCAUUGUUUGGGGAGACUGUGUGAAAUUGAGGUAUGGGUCCUCCCCAGGGGACAAUCCGUUCCUCUGGGAAUUCAUGACCAAAUACACCCGUCUCAUGGCCAAAUACUUCUCUGGGUUCCGCAUUGACAAUUGUCAUUCAACGCCACUAGCAGUGGCAGAAUACCUUUUGGACGAGGCACGAAAAGUUCGGCCUAACCUUACAGUUUUCGCAGAACUUUUCACUGGCUCAGAAGAGGCGGAUUACAUUUUCGUCAAGCGCCUCGGUAUCAACGCUCUAAUCCGCGAGGCAAUGCAGGCGUGGAGCACCGGAGAGCUCAGCCGACUCGUGCAUCGCCAUGGAGGUCGUCCAAUCGGAAGCUUUGAUGUUGAUCUCCCUUCUGCGGGGAGUAGCCACGCUAUAGCUUCAUCGGGCAUCGACGGUGGGAAAGAGGAACUUUCUCUCAUUCGCCCGACUCCUGUACAGGCUCUUUUCAUGGAUUGUACCCAUGAUAACGAAAUGCCGGCCCAGAAGAGGACGGCAAUAGAUACUCUACCAAACGCAGCCUUAGUGGCUAUGUGCGCUUCCGCGAUUGGAAGUGUCAUCGGCUACGACGAGAUAUAUCCCAACCUUGUUGACCUUGUCCAUGAGACCCGUCUGUACUCAUCUACAUUUUCGGAGUCCUCCAAGAUUGACCUAAACUCACUAGAAGGCGGAAUCGGUGGUAUCAAGAAACUACUCAACGAGCUGCACACUGUUAUGGGCUCGGAGAGCUAUGAUGAAACUCAUAUCCAUCACGAUGGCGAGUACAUUACCGUCCACAGAGUGCACCCAAAAACGCGAAAGGGGAUAUUCCUGAUUGCUCACACAGCGUUUCCUGGCCAAGACAGCAAGGCCAUACUAGCGCCCACACGGCUUGUUGGUACUCAAGCUAAGCAUAUUGGGACGUGGCAACUGGAAGUUGACGCGAGCGAAAAUACUAAAAAGGAGGUUUCCGGUGACAAGUCCUACCUGAAAGGGCUUCCAAGCCGAGUUCAUGCUAUCGAAGGCACAAAGGUCGAACAGGAUGGUAACGACACAGUCAUCUCGGUCCUGGAAGCGCUUGUUGCCGGAUCUAUCGCCCUAUACGAAACGUCCAUUCCCAGCGCCGAACAUGCAUCUGGGCUUGACGCUCAUAUCACGGAGGGGGUAGAUGAUGCUUUCGCAAACCUCAAUUUAGUUGAUCUCAACUUUGUGCUUUAUCGCUGUGAAGCAGAAGAACGAGAUUCGAGUAACGGCCAAGAUGGUGUGUACAAUAUACCAAACCACGGUUCUUUGGUAUAUGCAGGUCUCCAGGGAUGGUGGAGUGUCCUCGAAAAUAUUAUCAAGUACAACGAACUCGGUCAUCCCCUUUGUGAUCACUUGCGAAACGGUCGGUGGGCUUUGGACUACAUCGUUGCUAGACUGGAGAAGGCUGCGAAGACAGAAAGAUAUUCUGCACUACACAAGCCUUCGGCAUGGCUGCGAGAGAAGUUUGCGGCUGUUCGUGGUCUACCGAGCUUCCUACUACCCAGAUACUUUGCCAUUAUCGUUCAGUCUGCCUACAAUGCUGCAUGGAAGCGAGGUCUUCAGCUCCUCGGCGAUAACAUACAGAAAGGACAAGAAUUUAUCCAUCAGCUGGGUAUGGUGAGUGUUCAGAUGACUGGAUACGUCAACUCUGCAUCAUUAUGGCCGACAAAAGCGGUGCCUAGCCUCGCAGCCGGUUUGCCGCAUUUUGCUGUUGAUUGGGCAAGAUGUUGGGGUCGCGAUGUUUUUAUCUCCUUGCGUGGUCUUUUACUCUGCACCAGCCGAUUUGAUGAUGCCAAAGAGCAUAUAUUUGCAUUUGCAAGCGUCCUCAAACACGGGAUGAUCCCGAAUCUUCUCGGUAGUGGAAAGCUUCCACGCUAUAACUCUCGAGACUCAGUCUGGUUCUUCCUCCAAUCUAUCCAGGACUACACCAAGAUGGCGCCCGAUGGAAUCAAACUUCUGGAUGAGAAGAUUCCCAGAAGAUUUCUUCCUUAUGACGACACGUGGUUUCCGUUCGACGAUCCGCGCGCCUACUCGAAAUACUCAACUAUAUCCGAAGUGAUUCAGGAAGUAUUCCAGCGACACGCGCAGGGCCUAUCUUUCCGAGAAUACAACGCAGGACCAAACCUUGACAUGCAGAUGAAAUCAGAGGGGUUUGACAUCAAUGUUCAAGUCGACUGGGACACGGGCCUGAUCUUUGGCGGCAGCCAGUUCAAUUGUGGCACAUGGCAAGAUAAGAUGGGAGAGAGCGAGAAAGCCAAGAACAAGGGUGUGCCAGGAACACCGCGCGACGGGGCUGCAGUUGAGAUUACGGGUCUCGUAUACAGUGCAUUGAACUGGGUAGCAACGCUGCACGAGCGUGGACUUCAUCCGCACUCGGGGGUCGAUCUUGGUGAGGGCAAGUCAAUCACUUUCAAGUCAUGGGCGGCAAGAAUCAAGGAGAAUUUCGAGCGCUGCUACUACAUUCCCUUGAGCCCGGAGGAAGAUGCCCAAUAUGUUAUCGACCGCAAUGUGGUCAAUCGACGUGGAAUCUACAAGGAUCUUUACAAAUCUGGGAAACCAUACGAAGACUACCAGCUUCGUUCCAAUUUUCCAAUUGCCAUGACCGUUGCACCAGAACUGUUUACACCUUCCAAAGCACUGUCGGCUCUUGCACUUGCUGAUAAAGUCCUUGUCGGCCCGGUCGGUAUGGCUACCUUAGAUCCUUCAGAUCUGAACUACCGACCAUACUACAACAACUCCGAGGACUCUGAUGAUUUUGCAACGGCCAAGGGUAGAAAUUAUCACCAAGGCCCGGAAUGGGUGUGGCAACGCGGAUUCUUCCUUCGAGCGUUCUUGCACUUUGAUCUAGCUCGUAGAACGACACUGGAGGAGCGAACCGAGGCCUACCAGCAGAUUACCCGACGUCUGGAAGGCUGCAAGAAGGCUCUCAGAGAAAGUCCAUGGAAGGGUCUCACGGAGCUUUCGAACAAGGAUGGUGCAUACUGUGCAGACUCGCUGCGUUAUAGGAACGUGGAUGCUAUCGACUAUUACGAAGAAAAGUUGCGGAGGAUUGAUGAGCAGAUUCGGCUUGCACGUCAGAAGGAGUAUCCGCCGACCGAGAUUGCUUUCGUUACGAUGGAGUCGAUUGCCGCAUCGCAGAUGGUUGUCCAGGCUAUCCUUGAUCCGCAGCCCAUGCAGCUUCUUGCUCGGUUGGCACCAGCUCCUGCUGAUGUUGUAUGGAAGAACACCUAUCUCCCUCGCUCGAGACGCAUGAUGCAAUCCUGGUCCGUUACAGUAAUCAUCGGCUUUUUGACGGUUUUCUGGUCUGUGCUUUUGAUUCCUGUGGCCUACUUGCUUGAGUACGAGACUCUUCACAAGGUGUUCCCUCAAUUAGCAGAUGCUUUGUCGAGAAACCCUCUUGCCAAGUCUUUGGUUCAAACUGGUCUUCCCACUUUGGUUCUCUCGUUGUUAACUGUUGCGGUGCCAUAUCUCUAUAGUUGGUUAUCGCAUCAGCAAGGCAUGAUGUCUCGCGGUGAUAUCGAGUUGUCUGUCAUCUCAAAAACCUUCUUCUUCUCUUUUUUCAACCUCUUCCUUGUGUUCACCGUGUUCGGGACUGCAACAACAUUCUUCGGUUUCUGGGAGAACCUUAGAGAUGCGUUCAAGGACGCCACCACCAUCGCAUUCGCCUUGGCCAAAACUUUGGAAAACUUCGCUCCUUUCUAUAUCAACUUCUUGUGUCUCCAAGGCAUAGGCUUGUUCCCGUUCCGACUCUUGGAAUUUGGAAGUGUGGCGAUGUAUCCUAUCAAUUUCCUCGCGGCUAAGACACCGCGUGACUACGCCGAACUGAACACACCCCCUGUGUUCAGCUACGGAUACUCUAUCCCUCAGACAGUCCUUAGCCUCAUUAUCUGUGUGGUAUACAGUGUCUUCCCCAGCUCGUGGUUGAUUUGUCUUUUCGGCCUGAUCUAUUUCGUCAUCGGCAAAUUCAUCUACAAGUACCAACUUCUUUAUGCUAUGGACCACCAGCAGCACUCAACUGGACGAGCAUGGCCGAUGAUCUGCAGUCGUGUUUUGAUGGGGCUGAUUGUCUUUCAGCUGGCCAUGAUUGGUGUUCUGGCACUGCGCCGAGCUAUCACUCGGUCUUUACUCAUUGUUCCCCUCUUGAUGGCAACUGUGUGGUUCAGUUAUUUCUUCUCGCGCAAUUACGAGCCCCUCAUGAAAUUCAUUGCGUUAAAGAGUAUCGACCGUGAACGCCCUGGAGGAGGUGAUAUCUCACCAUCUCCAUCAUCGACCUUCUCGCCGCCAUCUGGACUCGAGCGUGAUGCCUUUCCAAUCCGAAUUGGUAAUCAGGAACUUGGCCUCAGGCUCAAGAAAUAUGUGAACCCGAGUCUCAUUCUACCUCUUCAUGAUGCCUGGCUUCCGGGCCGCAGCACAGCGCCAGGAUACCAGGAAGACUUUAAUGUCUCUGAGACGCCAAAUGUCGCAGCCGACGAGUCGGUAUGAGGCUCUGGGUAACACCAUCCUGGUAGUGUUGUUCUCGAGAUAUCCUUAUAAAGUGCAUAUACCAUCUUUGUCUACCUUUGUUGCUCCUCCUCGUGUGGUUGACCCCUUAUGAUCUAUGAUGCUACGCCAACUGAACUCUGGAGGUAGCUGUUCUCUUACUACCUGAAAGCCCGUGUUAUAUGUAUCGAUUGUGCUGCUAGACUUCAUGCUCCGGCGGCUUUUGCCCACAAUUUAUCAGCACGUUCUUCUGUUUUUGUACACUGACCUCUCGUUUCCAUUGAUACCAGAAUCUGUUCCAUCUUGGCUCAUGUGCCACACUCAAGCUUGUAUUAUACUAAUCUGUAAUAUAAUCU